AUGCGUGUAAAGGGUGAGGCGUAUGGAGCUGUGGCAGGGCAGAGAUAUAUAAAAAAUGAAAGAAUUCAGCAACCCACACUGCAAGAAAUGCAAAAGGAGUCCUCCAGGCCUAAGGAUAAGGAUACCAGACAGAAAUCUGGAUCUACACAAAGAAAUGGAGACUACUGGAAAUCGGACCCGACCACCGCCCAGCUGAGCCCCCGCGGCUCCACCGCGCAGAAGGUGCACUGGAGGCCCUGCCCGUUGCCCGCCCUGGGGUAUGCCGAGAAAUCAACGGGCGAUGGAUUAAUUCAACAAGUCCUAGUUGUGCGCCCUGGUGAGUGCCAGACCCUGCUCCCCGCGAGGGGACCCACGAGCGACCCUCACCACAAUCCCUGUUCUGGUGGAGCCCGGGUGAGGGACACAGGAUCGGAAGAUGGCAGCGGAAGUUCCGCAGUGGCCUCGAAAGUGACGGGGCAGGGUGGGCACAGGCUCCCUCACUGGGUGAAGGCUGCGCAAAGAAAGGGAAGAGCCAUCCCGGGAGCCCACUGGGCGUUCAGCUUCCCUUGGGCCCCCAGGCGGCUCAGGUCCGGGUCGGGGCCGGGGCGUUUCCGGGGGCUUCUAAAGCAGGCUAGGGGCAAGGUCGUCCUGGUUCCAGAAUCUCCCAACCUGCGGGUCUCCAACGAGACCAACACGAUUCACCGCUGUAAUCUCUCCGGUUUUCCAAGGCCUUGCACAGUCCUACUGUCUGGUGGGCUCUGA